GUGAUCGUCAGUAUAACCAUCCGAUUUUAAGCAGUGCUACCCAGACCCCUACACAUGAGAAGCCACGGAUGAAUAACAUUCUGACAUCAGCCACGGAACCCUAUGACCUCUCCUUCUCACGCUCUUACCAGAACUUAGCCCACUUGCCUCCAUCAUAUGAAUCUGCAGUGAAGACCAAUCCAAGCAAGUACUCAUCUCUGAAGAGGCUGACGGACAAGGAAGCUGAUGAGUAUUACAUGAGAAGGAGGCACCUGCCAGACCUUGCAGCCCGUGGUACCCUCCCCCUCAAUGUCAUCCAGAUGUCUCAACAGAAGCCGCUUCCUCGAGAACGGCCACGCAGGCCCAUCAGGGCCAUGUCCCAGGACAGGGUCUUGUCUCCACAUCGGGGAUUGCCAGAUGAAUUUGGCAUGCCCUAUGACCGCAUCUUAUCUGAUGAACAGCUGCUCUCCACAGAGCGCCUGCACUCCCAGGACCCGUUGCUGUCCCCAGAGAGGACAGCCUUCCCAGAGCAGUCGCUGUCGCGGGCCAUCUCUCACACGGACGUCUUUGUGUCCACCCCAGUGCUGGACCGCUACCGCAUGACCAAGAUGCACUCCCAUCCCAGUGCCUCCAAUAACUCCUAUGCCACCCUGGGCCAGAGCCAGACGGCAGCCAAGCGCCACGCCUUUGCCUCUCGCAGACACAACACGGUGGAGCAGCUGCACUAUAUCCCGGGCCAUCACACCUGCUACACAGCCAGCAAGACCGAAGUGACCGUGUGA